AUGAUCCCCCCCACCCACCUCCUCGGCACAGUUGCCCUCCUGGCGACCUGCGCCCGCGCCAUCGAGUUCAGCGUCAUCAUCUCCACCGCGGGCGACGACUGCGACCACAGCUUCGGCUCCUCGGACUACCACUACCUGGAGGUGGACGGGUCGCAGACGAUGGAGGUGCUGACGACGGCGCAGUGCCUGGCCGUGGGCGAGGACGAGUACGACGUCGACAUCGGCUGGUCCAACCUCAGCGGCCAGGACUACGUGCCGCCCAUCUACGCCUGCCCGGACAGCAGCUGCUCCAGCGGCUGCGCCCUGCUGUGGGCCGCCACCGAGUCCAGCAGCACCCAGUGGACCAGCUCGUGCGAGCACGCCUACAACGCCCCGUACCUAUUGGUGGAUGGGAUGCAGAAUCAGUGA